AGCAGCUCAAAACAGAGGAUGAGCUCAAAGCCCUCGAGGAAACGAUGAGCGCUGGUUUAUUGGCGAGGACAGGAAAACUACGCUGUCUUGUCGGGUUUGUUCCAGGCCACUGACCCAAUAAGACGCCUCCGUCUCCCGUGGUUCGGACCGCCUGACAGAUCAAACCUCCCCGCGCCGCGGUCCGUCCGUCCCCCCCGGAGUGCAGAACAUAAUGUGACACGUCUCGAUUCUCUGAGCGACUCGACUGACUCACACCGAGGCCACCAUGCAGCAGUGCCACACUUGGCUGUGUCUGUCCGUCUACAUCAUCACCUUCGUGCUGGGCUUCCCGGCCAACGUCCUCGCCUUCUACACCUUCUGCAAGAAAGUGAGGCACAAGCCCACCCCCAUCGACAUCCUGCUCCUCAACCUGACCAUCUCCGACCUGCUCUUCCUCCUCUUCCUGCCCUUCAAGAUGCAGGAGGUGUCCAACAACAUGCGCUGGAACAUGCCCUACGUGCUCUGCCCGCUGUCGGGCUUCGUCUUCUACAUGACCAUUUACAACAGCACCUUCUUCCUCACCGCCGUCAGCGUCGAGCGCUACCUGGGAGUGGCGUUCCCCAUCCAGCACACCCUGAAGCGGCGGCCCGUGUACGCCGUCGCCGCCAGCGUCUUCUCCUGGUUUUUCUGCUUCAUCCACCUCAGCAUCGUGUUUAUCAUUCCCUUCAUCGGCAUGGAGGAGUCGCAGAGUUCCACCUCCGGCUACAACAACUCAACAAACUUUAUGAAGGCCGGCAACAGGCGUGAGGUUUGUUAUGAGAACUUCACACAGGCUCAGCUGGAUAUCCUCCUGCCGGUGCGCCUGGAGCUCUGUGUGGUGCUUUUCUUCAUCCCCUUCCUGAUCUGCAGUUACUGCUACAUCAACUUCAUCAGGGUUCUGUCCAGGCUGCAGCACAUCGACCGGCGCCGGCGUCUCAGGGCCAUCGGCAUGGCCCUGGGGACUCUGGUCGUCUUCGCCGUUUGCUUCGGCCCCUAUAACAUCUCGCACAUCGUGGGCAUCAUUCAGUGGAAGAGCCCUCACUGGAGGGACAAGGCCCUGCUCUGCAGCACUUUUAACGCCUGCCUGGACCCUCUUAUUUUCUAUUUCUCCUCCUCUGCGGUGAGAGGUACCGUGGGCAACGUGAUGGAACAGUUCAAAAGUCGCCUGCAAAGGUGCAUGUCCUGCCACAUGUUCCAGGGCUUCAGGGCCAGAAAUAACAAGACUGCAAAAGAUAAAGAAGAGACACAAGAGGAGAUCAAUUCUAUCUGAACAGACUGAAGAGGAGCGGCGAGCAGCUGCCUUUGCCGAUUUAUUUUUUCAUCCCCAGAAAGAGGAAAGUAUGUGCAACUCUAAUGUUUUUACAUACGAGUAUGAGAAUAUAACUUUCGGACAGUGAUGAACUCUCAGGUUGCGAGUGAGAUUCCUGUGAACUCUGUGCGAUACAUGAAUCUCAGUGAGGAUGGGUUCUGUGAACUGUCUUCAGAACUCCAUGAAAUGCAGUCAGGUGUUGUGAAGUAUUGCUGUGGUAACAGCAACAACAUGACGAAGCAGCCGCCUCUCUGUGCAAUACGAGCUGCAGCUUCCAUCAGGAAGAGGGCUCGCUCUCUGUUUUCAGCAACAUGUUUUUUUAUUUGUUAAGCUCUCAUGAUAAAGAAUGUAUUCAAGUAAUAAAUCAUUAGAAAUGUGAACUCAUUUUUUUAUAUCAACAUUUUUUCCUUGCCUUGUGUCUAAAUGGCACUACAU